AUGACCGUCGCAGUAGUUGGAUUUCCUAGGCGCUCACUGCUCGAAACCGCUUGGACCGCGUGUCGGCCAAGGGUCCAUUCCCUCGCCUUACAUUGUUGUUGUCCAGCUAAUCAGCUCGCUGCAAGCUCUCUCAGGACCUUCAGGUCAUCUCGGAAGGCUCCAAAUGCGGGAAUAUCAUGGUCAGAAGCGCUUUCGAAGGACCAAGACAUUGGAAAGGUCAUCUUUUCUGGCAUCCAACCUACGGGUGUGCCUCACCUAGGAAAUUACUUAGGUGCUCUGAUGAAUUGGGUAGAUAUGCAAAACGCCGCAGCACCCGAGGACACUCUGCUCUUUUCGAGUGUCGGCUUCCACGCUCUCACGAUGCCUCAAGACCCAAAUGUGCUCAGACGAGAUCGACGAGAUAUGCUCGCUGCUCUGCUUGCAAUAGGUAUGGAUCCUAAGCGAUGCACAAUAUUCCAACAGGAAAAUGUACCACAACAUGCGGAACUCGCAUGGAUCUUCAACUGCAUCACGUCCAUUGGCAAGCUCCGACGCAUCACUACUUGGAAGUCCAAAGUCGCCAUCGCACGUCAUGCCCAAAAUGCAGCAUCUGAAGCGGAUGCCUCGACAAGUGAAGGAGAGCUUAAUUUAGGACUUUUUGCAUAUCCAGUCCUCCAAGCAGCCGACAUUCUCCUCUACAAGGCAACGCAUGUUCCUGUUGGAGAGGAUCAGGUGCAACAUUUAGAACUGUCCAGAGACAUCGCACAUGUGUUCAAUCGGACGCAUGGAACGAAUCUCUUUCCAAGCCCACAGCAUAUCAUCACUCCUACUAAGCGUGUUCUCUCUCUUCGAGAUCCGUCGCAAAAGAUGUCAAAGUCUUCACCAGAUCCCAACUCUCGCAUUCUGCUCACAGAUACGCCCCAGCAAGUAAGAAAGAAGCUCCAAAGAGCUGUGACGGAUGACGAACGUGUCCUGUCGUAUGACCCGGAUGCGAGACCCGGUGUGAGCAAUCUGCUCGGCAUCUUGGCGGCAUUGCGCGUGCGUUCCAACUUUGCCCAGGGGCGCAACACUCCCGCGCUCAGCCCGGGAGACAUUGCAGACGAGCUCAACAAGGCAAAAGGCGGAGCGGCUGGGGCAGGUACUCUGAAAGCGGAAGCAACGGAUGCAAUUGUAGAAGCGCUGCAACCUAUCCAGGCCGAAUUGCAGCGUUUGGAGAAAGAGGAUGGUUACUUGGAUACGCUCGCAAGGGAAGGAGCGAAGAAAGCGGCGGAGAUAGCAGAGCACACCAUGUGCCAAGUUCGGCAAUGCACUGGGCUAGCUUGA